CGCUUGGCGGCGCGGCCGUCGCUUUAAGAUGUACGGGAGCGAGGCUGCAGGCACAGUUGGCCACCUGCCGCCGCAGAACGCACUGCUCACUCCUCCGCCUGCUGCUUUCGUGACACUCAAAAAGAGCCAUGAAGCCGAUGUACGGACUGCUGGCCGCCGCCCUGCUGGUGGCUGCCGUGUGCGCCUGGGAGCGCGAGGAGGAGGUCAACGAGAACCCCAAGCAUCCGGGCAAGUGCUACGACGCACGCCGCAACGAGGGCUACGCCGUGGGCCAGACGUGGCACCGUAUACGCGAGCCGUGCUCGCAGUUCACCUGCGCCCAGGGCAAGACCAAGGGCAAGUACAUCAUCAAGGGCAAAGGGUGUGACCCAGUGACCCCGAAGAAGGGCUGCCGCAUCGAGGAGGGCAACCGCAACGCCAAGUACCCGCGCUGCUGCGCCUCCCUCAGCUGCCCCGCCAACUGAACGGCGCGCGCACCUCGCACCUCGCACCCUGCAUCACAGACGCCGCCGCUAACGUGUCCCACACGCUCUGCUUCUUAUCCACACUGUUUUGCUACAAAAUAUGUAUUUUGCAGAUAUUAUGUAUGAAGUGGACAAUAAAGUAUUAAAUUAACACUCA